AUGUCGCGUUCGAUAAAAUCAUCGCACUCGCGUACUACAACCAACUCAUCAUCCCAGUACAGCGCAAGUCUUUCUUCAAGCAAGCCUCCUUCAGCACACAGUCAUGGCAGUGCGACAGGAUCGAUGUCAACAAUUACCAGCGAGCCUUUCAUCCAUGCAGACGUUCUAGACACAACCAUCGAGUGGAUUCCCUCUUACUACCUCAAUGACUCUGAACACCAUGGAUCGACUAUUCGAGCACCUCGCCGCCCUGCGCUUGUUCCCCCUACGCCAACUUCCUCCAUGUUCUCUUCCAAGACCAAUCUGUUGCCUCAGGGAUUGAUGCACUUGAUUCGCACAUCGAAAAUCGAGCAGUCUUUGAAGGACAUGUUGUUGGCUAUGGUCAGAAUGAUUGUCCACAUAUCUCACCAGCUUUUCCCAUCUUCACACAUCCUUCGUGGCGAUGUUGCACGCGAUAUUGAAAACAUUGCGCACGACAUAUGCGACUUCCUGGACAUGGUGUUGGAAAAGCUGGAGCAAAGGUUCGAUGCUGCGAGCUCGGCCAAAGACCAGCUGUCACGUUAUCAGAUGCCAACCGAGAUUGCUCUUGAGGAAGUCACCAGAUGGAUUGACAUCAUUGAUGGACUACACAAACCGAAUCAUGUCGAGGCCAAGGUCUUUCGUCGCAUGGCUACCCUCUACGAUGACUUUGUCUAUCUGCCGUUUCUCGAACUUCAUCGUCAAGAGCCAGAACACAACAUGUAUCUUCUCCUGGAUACCUUCCUUGACGCUAUCUUCGUUCGUCUACAUGCCAUCGUAGCCGACGCUGCCACAGCUGACGAGCUUGUGCACGAAGUCGAGAAAACCCUGGACGCUGCUGCCAUGGCACAUGCAGACAGAAUACCCAAGCGUCAUAUGCCUUCUCAGUCCAUGCCUGUCGUUCACAGUCCCAGGAUAUUGGGCAUGCGCCAGAGGGAGAACACCUUGUGA